AUUAAAUGUACAAACAUCCUACCAUUUUUUUCUUGAAAGUACGGAAUAUACAAGUAUACUCGUGAGUCGUUCUAUUCCGAACAAUGUUUUCAUAAUCAUCCGAGGACCCUUAAUCAUGGGACAUAGUGCAAACUGCAAAGAAUUUGAUCGAGCGCGUUAGAGAAAAAGAAGGUAGCAACAAAAUCAAGAUACAAGGUCGUCGCAAAAUCAAGAUACAAGGAGGAAGAGGAGAUCCGGUGAAAUGGCGGCGCCGCCCAGGCCGUCUCUGGAGCCGGAGAUCGGCCCCGACGGCCUCGCCCGAGACUCCCCCGUUCUAGCCUACACUGAGAAGGUCAUCGCGGAGGAGCAACUGCAGCUGAAGAAAUACAUUCAGGAGAAUUAUUCUAAAAUUCGUGAUGUUGAAAAGGAGCUAGAGAAUCUGACUUUGGAAGUGAAAUUGACAGCUGGACCCAAAAAAGCAGCGCUUGAGCAUUUAAGGAAAAAGAUUGAAAUGUCAACAGAGAGAAUACGAUUGGCUAAGGUGAAAGAGGAAGAUGCAAAGAAGGCCUGGGAAGCUGCUGCUCAAGUUGUUAAAGAGGAAGAGGAUGCAAAGCAAAAGCUAUGUGAUGAUCUAAAUCGGCUGGUCCAAGAGAGUGCGGCUUCCCAAUAUUCGAGGUUAGAGGAGCUAAAGAAGCGUUUAGAAUCCCUAAACCCCACCAGGACUUCUGUUGACGCUUCUGGUGUUAACACUGCACAGCAGGCUACCGCAAAUUCGGCACCUCAGCAACCCACCUCGAUAAAUCCCUCGAAUGUGACUGCGCCUAUGAGUAAUGCCGCCGAGCCUGCCUCCAGCGGACCGCAGCAGCAAAGACCCGCUGAUGCAGAGAGGAAGCGAAGACCAUCAAACUCUGGAGGAAGAGGGAGAGGUGGUGUGAUGAUCCUCCCCAAAGGAAGAGGGAGCUCUGGAUCAGGAUGGACGGGUGCUGGGUUUGAGACAUGACGGUCUCCUUGGUAUACAGCGUUUGCUUGGUUGGAGCAGGAGGGUCAACAGGGUGGGACUAUCUAUGUACUCCCUCUGUCCCAUAUUAAGUGAUAAAAUAUUACAUGUAUCUAGAUGUUUAUUUUUUGUAUAGAUACAUUCAUAUUUGGGCAAAUUUGAGUCACUUAAUAUGAGACGGAAGGAGUAUAUGUUGUGCAGCAAAUAGAACAAGGCAACAACGUAUUCAAAGCUGUGACAUCUAGUCAAACUGCCCAUAGAGUCAAAAGAUUAUUUUUGUAUCAAUAGAACAACUAUGCAAUGAAUAUUUGACUUGCCACUCCAAAGAGUGGCCAUCAA